AUGGAGGAGCAGGCUUUGCUUGGAUGGCGAGCGAGGAAGAAUGGAAGGAGGGCUGCUCUUGCAUUUGCGGUGACAGCUUCAGCCAUCACGAUGAUCCUUUGCGGCGUGUACACCUUUACCAAGCGGACUCAUCGCACUGCUCUGGAGACUUCCAUUGCUGUCAACUGCGAUGGGUCGAUUGACGUCAUGAGCUCGGCACCAUGCCUUGAGAGUGGGCCGACCAUGGCCACUUACACGAGUUUGCCUCCUGCUUUGCCUUAUGCUGAUCCCGUUGUCGUCACCUCACCUUCCUGGGGACUUCCUGCUGUACCCGUGGGCCCCAACGCCUACCAGUACCCUACUGUCUGGCAAGGAGACAACAUGCUCUCUGGCGGUCAGCUGCAGUGGGCGGCAGAAGAUGCUGCUCAGCAUGCGCUGAACUUGAACAACUGGAGGAUCAAGAUCUUGAAGGCCAAGCACGAGCAGGCUCGCCUGUCGAAUGCGAUUAUGAGAGAGUCAGCGUCUGGAACGGAUCUCGGAGACGAUUAUGCUGAGUACUGCAAUGAUGCCACCGACUUGAAGAGCAUCCGUGGCUCCGUUUCAAAGCUUGCCGGCGACACUUCCAAGGCGAUCAAGACGCUUGAGAACGAAGUCAAGACUAGCAAAGUGAGCAAGCCAGUGAGCCAGAACUUGCGCAGGUUGCAGAAGGAUACGGACAAGGAGCUGUCAAAGAUCAUGGCGAAGUUGAAUGACUUGUCGAAAGAUUCGGCCUAA